GUCACAAGUGUCCUGUGGAUAUAGGAGUCCUUUGCUGAAGUGAGAAACUGCAUGUGUUGGGCAAGAUGAACUUUUCUGUAAUCACCUGCCCCAACGGUGGUACCAACCAAGGGCUUCUGCCUUACCUGAUGGCCCUGGAUCAGUAUCAGCUGGAGGAAUUCAAGCUUUGCUUGGAACCCCAGCAGCUGAUGGACUUCUGGUCGGCCCCCCAGGGGCACUUCCCGCGUAUCCCCUGGGCAAACUUGAGAGCUGCCGACCCUUUGAAUCUGUCCUUUCUUUUGGAUGAACACUUCCCAAAAGGUCAGGCAUGGAAAGUGGUCCUCGGCAUCUUCCAGACAAUGAAUCUGACCUCAUUGUGUGAGAAAGUUAGAGCCGAGAUGAAAGAGAAUGUGCAGACCCAAGAGCUGCAAGAUCCAACCCAAGAAGAUCUAGAGAUGCUAGAAGCAGCAGCAGGGAAUAUGCAGACCCAGGGAUGCCAAGAUCCAAACCAAGAAGAACUAGAGGAGCUAGAAGAAGAAACAGGGAAUGUACAGGCCCAGGGAUGCCAAGAUCCAAACCAAGAAGAACCAGAGAUGCUAGAGGAAGCAGACCACAGAAGAAAAUACAGAGAGAACAUGAAGGCUGAACUACUGGAGACAUGGGACAACAUCAGUUGGCCUAAAGACCACGUAUAUAUCCGUAAUACAUCAAAGGACGAACAUGAGGAACUGCAGCGCCUACUGGAUCCUAAUAGGACUAGAGCCCAGGCCCAGACGAUAGUCUUGGUGGGGAGGGCAGGGGUUGGGAAGACCACCUUGGCAAUGCAGGCUAUGCUGCACUGGGCAAAUGGAGUUCUCUUUCAGCAAAGGUUCUCCUAUGUUUUCUAUCUCAGCUGCCAUAAAAUAAGGUACAUGAAGGAAACUACCUUUGCUGAAUUGAUUUCUUUGGAUUGGCCCGAUUUUGAUGCCCCCAUUGAAGAGUUCAUGUCUCAACCAGAGAAGCUCCUGUUUAUUAUUGAUGGCUUUGAGGAAAUAAUCAUAUCUGAGUCACGCUCUGAGAGCUUGGAUGAUGGCUCGCCAUGUACAGACUGGUACCAGGAGCUCCCAGUGACCAAAAUCCUACACAGCUUGUUGAAGAAAGAAUUGGUUCCCCUGGCUACCUUACUGAUCACGAUCAAGACCUGGUUUGUGAGAGAUCUUAAGGCCUCAUUAGUGAAUCCAUGCUUUGUACAAAUUACAGGGUUCACAGGGGACGACCUACGGGUAUAUUUCAUGAGACACUUUGAUGACUCAAGUGAAGUUGAGAAAAUCCUACAGCAGCUAAGAAAAAACGAAACUCUCUUUCAUUCCUGCAGUGCCCCCAUGGUGUGUUGGACCGUAUGUUCCUGUCUGAAGCAGCCGAAGGUGAGGUAUUACGAUCUCCAGUCAAUCACUCAGACCACCACCAGUCUGUAUGCCUAUUUUUUCUCCAACUUGUUCUCCACAGCAGAGGUAGAUUUGGCAGAUGACAGCUGGCCAGGACAAUGGAGGGCCCUCUGCAGUCUGGCCAUAGAAGGGCUGUGGUCUAUGAACUUCACGUUUAACAAAGAAGACACUGAGAUCGAGGGCCUGGAAGUGCCUUUCAUUGAUUGUCUCUACGAGUUCAAUAUUCUUCAAAAGAUCAAUGACUGUGGGGGUUGCACUACUUUCACCCACCUAAGUUUCCAGGAGUUUUUUGCAGCCAUGUCCUUUGUGCUAGAGGAACCUAGAGAAUUCCCUCCCCAUUCCACAAAGCCACAAGAGAUGAAGAUGUUACUGCAACACGUCUUGCUUGACAAAGAAGCCUACUGGACUCCAGUGGUUCUGUUCUUCUUUGGUCUUUUAAAUAAAAACAUAGCAAGAGAACUGGAAGAUACUUUGCAUUGUAAAAUAUCUCCCAGGGUAAUGGAGGAAUUAUUAAAGUGGGGAGAAGAGUUAGGUAAGGCUGAAAGUGCCUCUCUCCAAUUUCACGUUCUACGACUUUUUCACUGCCUACAUGAGUCCCAGGAGGAAGACUUCACAAAGAAGAUGUUGGGUCGUAUCUUUGAAGUUGACCUUAAUAUUUUGGAGGACGAAGAACUCCAAGCUUCUUCAUUUUGCCUAAAGCACUGUGAAAGGUUAAAUAAGCUAAGGCUUUCUGUUAGCAGUCACAUCCUUGAAAGGGACUUGGAAAUUCUGGAGACAAGCAAGUUUGAUUCCAGGAUGCACGCAUGGAACAGCAUUUGCUCUACGUUGGUCACAAAUGAGAAUCUGCAUGAGCUAGACCUGAGUAACAGCAAACUUCAUGCUUCCUCUGUGAAGGGUCUCUGUCUUGCACUGAAAAAUCCAAGAUGCAAAGUCCAGAAACUGACGUACAAAUCGGUAACUCCUGAGUGGGUUCUGCAGGACCUCAUUAUUGCCCUUCAGGGUAACAGCAAGCUGACCCAUCUGAACCUCAGCUCUAACAAGCUGGGAAUGACUGUCCCCCUGAUUCUUAAAGCUUUGAGACACUCAGCUUGCAACCUCAAGUAUCUGUGGUUGGAGUCCUGUGGCCUUACCCACCAGAUUUGUCAGCUCUUUCUCAAACUCACUGAGAACACAAGUCUCAACUUCCUCAGCCUGGGGGACAAUGAUCUCUCUGAUGUGAGAAGCCUGAGGGAGUCCUCCACGCUACCAACGUGUCCCCUGAAGGAGCUGUCCCUGGAGAAAUGCAACCUGUCGGCAGCCAGCUGUCAGGACCUGGCCUUGUUUCUCACCAGCAUCCAACACGUAACUCGAUUGUGCCUGGGAUUUAAUCGGCUCCAAGAUGAUGGCAUAAAGCUAUUGUGUGCGGCCCUGACUCACCCCAAGUGUGCCUUAGAGAGACUGGAGCUCUGGUUUUCCCAGCUGGCAGCACCCGCUUGCAAGCACUUGUCAGAUGCUCUCCUGCAGAACAGGAGCCUGACGCACCUGAAUCUGAGCAAGAACAGCCUGAGAGACGAGGGAGUCAAGUUCCUGUGUGAGGCCUUGGGUCGCCCAGAUGGUAACCUGCAGAGCCUGAAUUUGUCAGGUUGUUCUUUCACAAGAGAGGGCUGUCGAGAGCUGGCUAAUGCCCUCAGCCAUAAUCAUAAUGUGAAAAUCUUGGAUUUGGGAGAAAAUGAUCUUCAGGAUGAUGGAGUGAAGCUACUGUGUGAGGCUCUGAAACCACAUCGUGCAUUGCACACACUUGGGUUGGCGAAAUGCAAUCUGACAACUGCUUGCUGCCAGCAUCUCUUCUCUGUUCUCAGCAGCAGUAAGAGCCUGGUCAAUCUGAACCUUCUAGGCAAUGAAUUGGAUACUGAUGGUGUCAAGAUGCUAUGUAAGGCUUUGAAAAAGUCGACAUGCAGGCUGCAGAAACUCGGGCUUCAAAAAGACUUGCACAAUCUAGUGAGAGAGGAGAUACAGACCUCACAGAAGGAGCUCUGUCUGAAACUCAAGUGUGCAUGGGAUUUUAAUGACCUUGAAGACAAGUGGUGGUGGUGAUCCCACGGAUUAGAUGCCACGUGGCUUGACCAUGGAUCUUGGGGGAAAGCCACCAGGACAUCCUGGCCUGUGUGUCGCUCCAAUGUCACCAUUUGUGGGGACAAAUGAGCUGUUCCCUGCAGGAGGCUUUGUCACGGUUGUUGGAGGCCGCCCAUUGCAUGCCCAGGUCUGGAAUCCUAGUGUAAUACUGUGUCUGGUACCAAGAUCAUAAGUUGGCUGUGCCUUCAGUCUUGUCUAUGUCCUCCUUGGUGUAAUGUUUUUAAUUCUUGGAGGUGUUGAGAGAAUUCAAUAAAGCAAAGCAUAU